UGAGGGAAUUUAUGCAAGGGACAUCGACUUAUAGGCCAUGCAAUUGUUUGAUUUUCAGCCCAUCGAGUGUUCGACGGGAAAUCUUGGGGUUCCUCCGUCUCUUUCUUGUUCCCUCCUCCUCCUCCUUCCUUUCCGGUUUUCGGGUUAGGGUUUUGAGCUCGAUCUCUCCCUGCGAAGAUGCUUCGGCGAUUGGCGCUCCGGUCCGCUUCCAUCACCGUUCUGGCGAUUCGUCCGCUGCAGAAGACCCUCGUUCUUGGAUGCGGCGAGGGAUAUCUCCCUCCCAAUCCCCGAUUCCUGGCGGUCUCGCGGCAUUUCAUCGAUGUGCACCAGAUUGGCAACACGGAAGCCACCGACAAGGAACGUCCUAAAAAUUUGGAUGAAUUAAGUGGACGAUACUUUGCUGAAAUUUUGAAGACCUGUAAAAUUGGUAGUAAGGUAGCAUUAGGAUUGGCCUUUCCACCUGGCAUGAAAUAUUCAACUAGAGUAAGUGGUGAUCCAGAUACACAUGAAGACUUUCUGCCCACCAACAAAAGUUCUGGCAUCUCUGUGCAGGAUGUUGUUCAGCAGGAAGUUAAGGAAAACACUGUCAUGAUUUAUAUGAAGGGUCUUCCAGAUGCUCCACGGUGUGGAUUCAGUGCAUUGGCGGUGAAGGUCCUGCAGCAAUAUAGAGUCCCCAUUAGUGCCAGAGAUAUUCUAGGAGAUCCCAAGCUUAAAGAGGGUGUAAAAGCAUAUACCAACUGGCCAACAUUUCCACAAAUAUUUAUUAAAGGGGAGUUUGUUGGAGGAUCUGAUAUUAUAUUUAGUAUGCACCAGAAGGGUGAGCUCAAGGGUUUGCUUGCAGAUAUCAUGCAAGACAGUAACCAGGGUGGAGCAUGACUGAACUCUGAUGAUCUUUAUAAGAUCCAUUGGUUGUUAGAGAGCAUCUUUAGAAAUCUUUGCUGGAUGUUGUCUGUCUAAUAAAAUAUUGUUUCAACUAAAUAUGCAUAUUGUAAAAUAUUUAGUUGGACUAUCUGGUUCUUGUUAUCCUGUUGCUAUUUUGCAACCCGAAGUUUGACAAUUAAAGAGUGAGAUGUAAACAAUUGCGACAGCCUGUGGAGUAUGAAGAAAAAUUUCACCUUAUGGUGAUAGGAAGCAAGUUAUUUUUUGAAUUG